AUGGCUUCUGGAAAAAUAAUCAAGCUGGUGCUGUUUGAGCUGCUUGAGUUUGCUGCCUUCUCCAUUCCUACCAUUGUGAUAAUGGAACAGUUUGCGACUGCCAAUCAGCGGACAAAGUCUGAGAGGACUCACUAUUGGCUCAUUGUUUCCUGUUCCAUCGCCUAUGUGGCUGUAGUGAGUCUCUUCAUCUGGGUUCCAGUAAAAGUUGUCCUAUACAAGAAACGGCAUCUUUACAAGAAAAUCAUAGGAUGGCGGCCUGUCCUGGUGAUGUGUGUUGUGCUCACGACUCUGCCCAGCUUCAGCUUCUCCAUAGCAGUGACCGAGGUUCAAAAGAAUAUCAAUGGCUCAGCUGAUUCGUUGCCUGAUUCCUUACCUGAUCUGCCAGUAUCUCUGGUUCUGUUGUCCCUGAUCGUGGUUGACAUUAUUGAAAAACUCAGGAUAUAUCCUCUAAGAGGGAGUCAAAAGAGUUAUGAAGACAAUGACAUCUGUAUAACCUCAUUGCACCAGAUAAAAACUGUGACCGAACAGGUAGUUCAGGGUGACGGAAAUCCUGCAUCUGCCCAGGCAGCCAAACCCACCGCCAUGUCUCAGUCCCGGAACCAGUCCCGGAACCACGCGGCAGUGCUGGUCGGGCCUCUGGAGCCCUCCUUUCAGUCUGGAAUCCUGAGGACGAUGUCUCAAAGAGAUGUCCGGGCUGAGCUCUUCCUGCGAAGCUUCCUCAUGUGGGCCGACACCGUGGAAAUGCUGCGUGUGGCUGGGCAUCAGAAGGUGUACAAGUCAGCCUGGGUGUAUCCAGUCUAUAUAUUCAGUUUCAUCUCUCUCCUGCGAAUGGUCUUCACACCCAAGAACCCUCUCCUCAACUCCCUGGGAAUCCUGAUGCAAGAUUUACCCUUCAUUUUUCUUAGACUCAGUUUAAUCAUUGCCCUGGGGACGAUCACGCCAGUACUGGGUCUUUGUAAAAAUGUCCUUGUGACUGUGUCAUAUAUUUAUUUCAAUUACGUAACCAAACUCAGGCCUUUCUCUGCCUUUGAAACCUCUCCAUUUUAAACAGCAAAUGUUAAGAUAGUAAGUCCUUCUGAUU